AUGCAUUCUAACAAUAACACAUACAAAAGAAAGAUGUUGUUACGUUGGUAUGAAAAAAAAAAAAUUUUAAAUCAAAAAGAUAGAACUAAAUCAUAUACACUUAAUAAACCUAUUCAAAUCGCUAUUGAUGAUGAGGUAAAACAAUGUUCAACAACAAAUAAUACUAAAACAAAUGAUAAACAAUAUGGUUUUGAUCAAAUUCGGGAAUUAAAAGAAGAGUAUCAACUCCCAGAAUUAUCAAAAAUAAAUAGCUUCAACACUAGAUAUCAAUUAAAUUUUAAAAACUAUAUUCAAGAACUAUAUAAUGCAUUGAUAAAAGAGUGCAAUUAUAAUUUAUUAAAUUUAAAUUCAUUAAACCUAACAAUCGAUUUUGAAUCGUUGACGAGUGUUACUAAUCAAACUUUGAAAGCCAUAAAGGAUCAAAAAGUAUUUUCGGUAUUGGGAUAUUUUCCAAUAAUCUCUCUAGAACUGAAAAACCGCGGUUGGGUAGAAAAACGAGAUCCGAGCAGACCACCAAUAAAUUAUUUACAUUAUUUAAAAUCAGCACCAUAUAUGGUUAAUUGGAUUGAAUCACCUCCUUUAAUAUCGUCAAUUAAUAAAAAUGAUGUUGUUAUGGAGCGUCUGAAAAACAUGCAAUCGUGGACUAUUCUUAAAAAUAAAAAAUCUGAUUUUAUUUUCGUUACUAGAAAACAGUUAAUUAAUUGGCCAACUUUAAGUAAAUUUACAUCCGUCAGUCAGAUGCUUAAACAUGUAUUUUGUACCAAAGACGGGUUGGCACAAUGUUUGGAAUAUUAUAAAAAUUCUGUGACAAAUUUGAUGUUUCCGAGAUGUCAUUAUAUUCGAUCUGAAGCAGAUAUUGAAGCAUUUGUGGAUGAUUACAUUACAACAGCAUUAAUAAGUACACUAAAGAUUAUUGUACUAGCUAUUGAGAAUAAUAAGAUGAUUUUCACAAAAAAUGGCAAUAUACCAUACACACUUAUCGAUUUCGUGGAACUAUGUAUAUUCAAAUUUUUGAAUAAACAUAAAACUAAUAAUUCAGAAACAGAUAUGUGGCAAUUUAAGAACCAAAAAGAAGUAUGGAACAAAUUUAUGAUUUAUUACUCAAAACUGAUUUUUGAUAGCAAUGCCAAAUUUGACCACGAGUAUAUAUAUGAAUUAGAAUUAGAUGUUUAUGCCAAAUGUAAAUAUUUAUUCGGAGAAGUGAAAAAAUAUUGUCCACAACACUUUAUAGACGGGAUUACUAAUACGUGGAUUAUAAAACCCACGUCAAAUUGUUCUGGUCAUGGAAUUAUGUUAUCUAGAGACUUACAUGAUAUAAAACAAAAAAAUAUUGUAGCAAAUGUCGUUAGAAAUAAUUAUAUUUUACAAAAAUAUAUAGAAAGACCUCUCUUGGUGUAUACAUGUAAGAUUGACUUGAGACAAUGGUUUUUAGUGACCAAUAUGAACCCAGUUGUUGUGUGGAUGUACAAAGAAGGUUAUGUACGGUUUUGUGCUAACAGCUUCUCUAUGAAAAAAAUGGACGAAUCUAUUCACCUUAGCAAUGUGAGACUGCAAAUUAAAUAUCGAAAAAUUAGAAAUCCACAAGUACCGGAAGAAUGUAUGUGGAAUUACAAAGAACUACAAAGCCAUUUGAGAAAAAUUGGUCAAGAAUACGUAUGGGAUGAAUUGAUAUUUCCCGGAAUGAGUGAAAGUAUAUACGCUGUAUUACAGGCCGCUACGGACACUAUGAAGUAUCGUGACAAAACUUUUCAAUUGUUCGGAGCCGAUUUCUUGAUAACCGAAAACUUUAUUCCAUAUUUGAUCGAGAUUAAUUCCACUCCCGGAUUGAAUCCGUCGACGAGCGUUAUUGCCAAUUUAGUUCCUAUGCUCCUUAAUGAUAUUGUGAAAGUUACGGUGGAUUACGUGAAAAACUCAAACGCCGACACGGGACUGUUUGUAAAGGUUGUGCCUGAAAAUCGGAAAUCAGCCGCUGUGGUUGAAGUGGAUAACCGUAAUCUCUUUGACUCUUCAGUAAUCUUUGCUGUCGGGCCAGCAGCACUGACGACCGGCUACAACCAACGGAUGGUCAACGUGCAAAAAAAUCUGGCUGAAAUGCGGUUACAGAUGGUUGCCCGAAAAACUAAACGAGAUGCACGACGUUACGUCGGAAUAAAUCGUAACCUUUUAUUGAGCUCCAGGGACUUAAUAUAAUCUAAUGGUCGUUGGUCAUUUUGAAUUCUCCCGAAAAAUUUAAAAGGUUUGUAGGUUAGACAAAAAACACGCCACUUUAGUUUGUUGGGGAUUUAAAAUGAAGAAUUUGUGGCAAUGGAGCUACACUCAGUCAUUUUAUAGGAGUAAAGCGUGAACACAUUUUAUUAUAAUCCUGUAAAAGUAUAUACGUAAUAUCAAUAAAAAAAUUCCAUGAACAAAUGAAUAAUAUCGUUUUUUUGUGGUUUGCUUGAUACUAAUAGCAUUUCAAAUAAUCAUCAGAUUAGCUGAAUAAACUGAACGCUGAACCUUCAUCAUGAUUAAUCUAACAGCGCAGUGCAGCAUAAACUCGUCGGAUAGUCCAUUAAACGCUUUGAUUGAAACAAAAUGUAUUUUUUGAGUACGCUAUUGAAAUUUCCACAUUGUAUAGUAAUCAAGAAGGAUAAUAUGCGCGAUGCUAUGAAAAAUGGUGCAACUGUCCCUAUUAGAAGAGAUUUAUGUACCUAACUUAUUUAAAAUAUACAUUUAUUUGUGGUUUUCUGAAAAAGAACUAGAGCCGUGAACAAAGGUAUUCGUAGGG